AUGCCUGGGUCACGUAUUGCGAUUGUUGGAGUCGGUCAAGUUGGUGCCGCCGCUGCUUACGCACUCAUCCGCAGCUCAAUAGCUGCUGAGUUGCUCUUUGUUGAUAUCAACAUGAAUUUGAGAGAUGGCCAGGUUCGCGAUCUCUCAGAUGUAGCGUAUAGCUGCAGCAGUCGGACAAGAGUACGAGCGGCAAACUACCACGAGGCGGGCCAGUGUGAUAUUGUAGUCAUUACUGCAGGGUCAAGGCACAAUCUGGGCGAAACUAGUCUCGACCAAGUAUAUCGAAAUAUCUCGAUUGUCAAGACGGCUGUUGACGCAAUGACGCCUUUCAAAUCGGAUACCAUCGUAUUAGUGGUGUCUAGCCCCGUUGACCUACUUACUUCCCUUGCCUUGAAGCUCUCCCAGCUUCCGGCGUCCCAAGUCUUGGGCUCUGGCACGUAUCUGGAUUCUGUGCGUCUUCGAGGAAUGUUGGCGGACAAGAUUGAAGUUGCGGCGAAGUCGAUUGAUCUAUUCGUCUUGGGGGUACAGGGAGAAUCCCAGGUGACGGCGUGGUCUGCCGCAACAGUUGGCGGCGUACCCAUCGACAAAUGUCUCUCAGCGGACAAUGCCAUCAAUCGCGCUGAACUUUCCAGCGAGUGUAAGAAUCGAUCGCAAAGUAUAGUUCGAGCCAAAGGAGCAACCCCUUUUGGCAUUGGUUCCAUCGUGUCCAGCAUUUGCUCUGCCAUUGUCUUUGACAAGCGGACCGUUCAUCCCUUGAGCCACUUCCAGCCGUCAUUUGGAUGCUGUUUCAGCUUACCCGCGGUGCUCGGCAUAAAAGGAAUUGAACGCACAGUGAACGUGCCACUGGAUAGGGACGAGGAUGUUCAGAUAGCCGACUCAGCAAUUGCACUCAAAAUGAUGAUUGACCAAGUGAGUAAAAACUGUGUACUGUCUAAACAAGCGAGAUUUAAUCCUGCCUACGUGGAUGUCACCGCUGAAAUGUUGUGUCAUCAAGCCAAACUAGCUGCUCGGCAUGAGAUCGACCUGUUGCCUAAAAGAAACUUUCUUAACAAAACCAACACAUUAAGCAACGACAACAGGAGGAAAAUGAAUGGCCAUCCCAUUUCAGGACCUAUGGUCCUCAAUUUCGAGCACUUAAAGCGCAAUGAUGUCAAUCUAGUUGGCGGGAAGAACUCUUCUCUUGGAGAAAUGAUUGGUGCGCUGAGUGCCAAAGGAAUUCCUGUCCCUCCAGGCUUUGCCACAACUUCCAACAUGUAUUGGCACUACGUUGAUGCCAAUGGGAUACGAAGCAAACUGGCCGCGCUAGUAAAGGAAUGGGAGGCAGGGAGGCUGAGCCUUGCAGAAGCAGGCCAAAUGACCCGCAACUUGUUCCUUCAUGGCACGUGGCCGGCGGAUGCGGCAACGGCAAUUCUGGCUGCAUACAAAGAUCUUGCGGACAAGAAAGGCGAAAAGAACCUCAGUGUGGCCGUAAGAUCCAGUGCGACUGCUGAGGAUCUCCCCGACGCGAGCUUUGCUGGCCAGCAAGAGACUUAUUUGAACAUCUCUGGAGAUGAGGCUCUCUUGGAUGCCUGUCGCCGUUGCUAUGCUUCACUGUUCACAGACAGGGCAAUGAGCUACCGCCGGAUCAAGGGCUUUGAGCAAAUGGGUGUUGCGCUGUCCAUUGGUGUGCAGUGCAUGGUUCGCUCUGAUAUCGGCGGCUCUGGUGUCAUGUUCUCAAUUGACACCGAAAGUGGCUUCGACAAGAUCGUCCUCAUCAACGCGGCAUGGGGCUUGGGGGAGAACAUUGUACAGGGAACUGUCAACCCUGACGAGUACCAGGUUUUUAAGCCACUGCUAUCAAGUCCCAAUCUCAGUCCCAUCUUGGAGAAGAAGCGAGGUGACAAGGGAAUCAAGUUGGUCUACGGUGAUCAACAGACGCCAACACGCAAUGUCCCUACGUCGAAAGCAGAGCGACAUGCUUUCGUGCUCAGUGACGACGAGAUCUUACAGCUAGGGCGGUGGGCAUGUACCAUUGAACAGCAUUAUGGUUGCCCUAUGGAUAUGGAAUGGGCAAAGGAUGGCAUUACGGGUAAACUAUUUAUUGUGCAAGCCCGACCGGAAACCGUACAUUCGCACCACGACGCCGGCGUCUUUAAAACAUACAAAGUUAACAACAAAGGGCGUGUGUUGGUCACUGGGCUUUCAGUCGGCGAAGCAGCUCUGUCGGGAAGAGUCUGUCUUAUUUCAUCGCCAGCGGAUAUUGACCAAUUUGUUGAUAACUCCAUCCUCGUCACAGGAGCAACAGACCCUGACUGGGUGCCCGUAAUGAAACGAGCCGCAGCCAUCAUCACGGAUCACGGGGGACGCACCUCGCAUGCUGCCAUUGUCAGCCGCGAACUCGGACUUCCAGCAGUUGUUGGCACAGGCAAUUCCACCUAUCUCCUACACAGCGGCCAGGACAUCACCGUAUCUUGUGCGGAAGGAGACUGUGGCUUCGUUUAUGAGGGCAUCUCCGACGUAGUGAGUGAGACUGUCAGUGUCUCUGGACUUCCCGAGGUCAAUACAAAAAUCAUGCUCAAUCUUGCCAAUCCAGCGGCUGCCUAUCGCUGGUGGCGGCUCCCAGCGGAUGGCAUUGGUCUUGCUCGCAUGGAGUUUGUCGUUAGCAACGCCAUCCAGGUGCAUCCUAUGGCUCUCGUCCAUUUCGAUUCACUGAAAGACGCAGAUGCCAAGAAACGCAUCGCUGAACUUACGGCGGGAUACGAGCACAAGCCUGAUUAUUUUGUGGACAAGCUAUCACGCGGCUUUGCGGCUCUUUGCGCUGCCGUUUAUCCAAAACCCGCAAUUAUUCGAUUGAGUGAUUUUAAGACGAAUGAGUAUGCUGGUCUUAUUGGCGGUGCUGAGUUUGAACCAGACGAAGAAAACCCCAUGCUGGGCUUUCGCGGUGCGUCACGGUACUACUCGCCACGCUACCAAGAGGGUUUCGCGCUCGAGUGUCGGGCCAUCAAGCGUUUGCGCGAAGAGAUUGGCCUCUCUAACGCGAUAGUCAUGAUUCCCUUCUGCCGUACAGUUAAAGAGGCACGAAAGGUUCUGGACGUCAUGGCUCGCCACGGGCUCAGACGUGGAGAGAAUGGCCUGCAGGUAUAUGUCAUGUGUGAAAUCCCGUCGAAUGUGAUUUUGGCGGCAGAUUUCACCGAAUAUUUUGAUGGGUUUUCCAUCGGCUCCAACGACCUGACGCAAUUGACACUUGGGGUUGACCGCGACUCCGGCGAGUUGGGUGACUUGUUUGACGAACAGGAUGAGGCAGUCAAGUGGAUGAUUUCUCGAGUCAUUUCCAUAGCGCGCGAGAGAGGCUGCAAGAUUGGCAUCUGUGGACAGGCUCCAAGCGACCAUCCGGAGUUUGCCAGAUUUCUCGUUGACGCAGGCAUUGAUUCCAUCUCUGUCAGCCCAGACAGCUUUUUAGCUGCAAAGAAGCAAGUUGUGGCCGCGGAAAAGGCAUUGGGAAAGUCGCAUGGCUAA